AUGGCGCCCCCUUGUCGAACGACCGCAAAGCUCGUCAUUUUGCCACCGCCAAUGACUUCGUUCCCUCUGGUCGAAAGCUCUCAAGAGAAUCCGAGGCUGUUUGAAGAGCUCAGUCAGCAAACUGCUCUGAACAGCGUUCAAUCCCUGGUGCUGAUCAGCAGCAACUUGUUCAGAGGCCCACUUCAGUUGGCAGGCAUGUCGCACAGUGUGAAGCAGCCAAUCGGGCAGAAGAGGCUGACCAACGUGGCCAUCGUGCGCUUUCGAAAGUAUGGGAAGCGGUUUGAGAUUGCAUGCUACAAGAACAAGGUCGUCUCCUGGCGAAACAAAGUAGAAAAGGACAUUGACGAGGUCCUGCAGUCUCACACCAUCUACAGCCAUGUGUCCAAGGGCGUGCUGGCCAAGAAGGAGGACCUGGUGCAAGUGUUUGGGACGGCGGACGAGGACAAGGUCUGCCUCGAGAUCCUGGAUCACGGCGAGCUCCAAGUAUCGGACAAGGAGCGCGAGGCGCACUUCAGCAGUUUGUCGCGCGACAUUGCGACGAUCGUGAUGGACAAGAGCGUGAACCCCGAGACGCAGCGGCCGUACACGGUGGGCAUGAUCGAGCGGUUCAUGAAGGAGGUGCACUUCAAGGUGGACCCCAACCGGAGCGCGAAGCAACAGGCCCUCGAGCUGAUCCGCACUCUGGAGAAGCGCUUUCCCAUCUCGCGCGCGCGCAUGAAGCUGCGCCUGACGGUCCCCCCCGACGCGGAGCAGCGCACCUCGGCCUGGCUCAAGGGGAUCAACGCGACAGCCGAGUCGGAGGAAAAGUCGCGGCAGUUCUCGGUGGUUUUCCUCGUAGAUCCGGGGCAGUUCCGCGCGUGUGACUCGCUGGCGCGGGAGUGCGGGGGACGGCUAGAAGUGGUCGCUCUCGCGGUACAAGAACAGGGGGAUCAUCGGGUGGACGAUUCCGAAGAGGGGGGCCAAGAAAGCCGGGGCGGCGAGGGGGGGGAUGCGUUAGCGGAGAGGUUGGCGAGGGCGGCUCUGGACCGGGGGGAAGGAGAACGGGCGGAGUCGAAGCCGGAGAGUUCCGGAAGAGGGGGGCGAAGCGAAGCUGCAAAAGCGCCCCCAGCGGCGGGGGGAAGACAACAAAAGUGUAACACGUGCGAGGCGCCGUUUGCGGACGCGAAACUGUUUCGGGAGCACUUCAAGUCGGACUGGCACCGACAUAAUCUGAAGCGGAAAGCACAGGAGCUGCCGCCGCUAAGCGAGGACGAGUGCGCGACGGACACGGAGGUGCUGGAUGAGAAGAGUGACAUGGACCAGUACUCGAGAUGAUUGCGUGAAACUUCGACUGACAUAUGUCUUCUUCUUUGAAACCAUUGAAGUGUGUGUAUAGUAAACCUUGUAGGCUAGUCACAGCUGAAGCCUUCUUCCCGCUACAGCUCGAGCUGUUGAAAUCUGCUCCGCGAGAUGGCGCUGGACUGCAUGUUCUUUUAAGCUUUGACGUAGGCAUGCGUAU